AUGGCUUCUUCAUCCCAUUAUCAUUAUCAUAAAGAUGAUGAUGAUGAGAUCGAUCUUGAUACUCCUUAUGAAGAAUUUUAUAACAAUUGUGCUCUCGUACAAGAACCAGAAGAUAGACAACGCCGUAAUGUUCAUGAGAGACACCGGGAAGAAGGCCACACCUUGCUUUGGAAUGAUUAUUUUGCCGACAAUCCAACUUACUCUCCCGCUCUUUUCCGCCGACGGUUUCGAAUGAACAAAAGUUUGUUCCUGCGUAUUGUGAAUCGUUUCUCAACAGAGAUUCCAUAUUUUCGACUAGCAGAAGAUUGUACCGGACGGACAAGUCUCACACCUCUACAAAAAUGUACUGCAGCAAUUCGACAAUUGGCAUACGGUGCUGCGGCGGACUCGGUGGACGAAUAUAUCCGUCUAGGCGAAUCAACAGCUCAAAAAUGUUUGCACAAAUUUACCGCCGGAAUAAUAACCUUGUUUGGCGAAGAAUAUCUACGACGUCCAACACAGGAGGAUCUGCAAAGACUACUACAUAUCGGAGAACAACGUGGAUUUCCGGAGAUGCUUGGAAGCAUCGACUGUAUGCAUUGGGAGUGGAAGAAUUGCCCCACGGCUUGGAAAGGAAUGUACUCAUGA